AUGGACUUCACUGAGUGCUACAGUGUGGCCGCUGCUGCUCGCUCAGGCUUCAGGAGGCUGCUGAGGAUGCUGAUUCAGAGAGGCUGCAGUUUGGACUGUCGGGACAACCGAGGCUGGACCCCCCUGCAUGAGGCGGCGGCAGCUGGCAGCAAAGCGUGCGUCCUGGAAAUCCUGUCAGCUGUCAGAGCACGCUCCUCCAUCUGUAGUCGUGUUUAUGUGAACCAUCUGACGCAUGAGGGGGAGUCUGCCUGUUACCUGGCAGCGCAGCGUGGACACCUGGAGGUGGUCCAACUGCUCCUCAGAGCACACGCUGAUAUCAACCAGCUCACUAACGACUUGUCCUGUCCUGUUUAUGAAGCUGUUAGCCACGGGCACACAGAUGUUGUAGAACUGCUGGUAAGCAAAGGUGCUGAGGUCAACAGAAUAUACACAGAGUCCAGCUGGACCUGCCUGCACCAAGCUGCAUAUAAGGGCCACACUGAGAUCGUGCGCAUUCUUGUUAACAAAUGCAACCUGGAGGCAGUAGAUGAUCACAGGAUUUCCCCGUUAUUUGUGGCUGCAGCGUACGGACAGAGGGGGUGCCUGGAAAUACUCGGUAAUGCCGGUGCCAACGUGAACAAGCAGGCAGUUGAUCUGAGUACACCUCUGUUCAUCGCCUCUCAGGAGGGACACCAGGCCUGCAUGGACUUCCUGUUGGACCACGGGGCUGACCCUAACAUGGUCUGCAGUCACGAUUGGCCCCAGUUGGCCAUUCACGCCGCAGCCCAGUUUGGUCACAUCGGUAUCCUCAGGAGCCUCAUAGCUGUUACGGAUCGUGCGUGCGACCGCGGCGAGAGCAUGGUGAGUCCGGUGUAUGUGGCUAUCAACAGUGAUCAGACCAAGAGUGUGGAAUUGCUGUUGAGGGAAGGUUACAGCCCAGAUGCCCAGGACUGCUCGCACACCCAUGGCCUCCUCUCACCGCUUUCCCUGGCCUUGUAUCGCACACCCCAGAAACCUUACAGUGAGUCGGUGAAACUGCUGAUAGCUGCAGGAGCAAGGUUGAGUGAGAAACAUUGGAUUUAUGCUUUGGCCACUGACGAAGCAGACCUGCUGCAGCUGAUAUUUGAGCACCGGUGGAUACCUCGCCCAGAGGCUGUGACCAGCGACGAAUGUGUACUGCAGCAUGAUGGGAAAACUGAGCUGAAGCUGAGAGAACUGAACGAGAUGCUCUCUGUGGCUCUAAACCAAGUAUAUUUUGCUGGCUGCUGGCUUCCUCUUCUCCUGAAGGCAGGACUGGAACCAUCUUUACUGCUUCAGCCCCACAUGUUGGAAGAGGCAGACAGCCAGGUGUUAAAUUACCUCCUUGAGUUUGUAAACUGGUCGACUUUAUCUCCCCAUUUGAAACAUAUUCUGGAUCGAAGGGUGGCAGAAAAGUCCUGGGAUCCACAUCCAUGUUUCGACUCCGUCCCCUGUCUUUCCCACAUCUGCCGGCUGCAGGUCAGAGCACUGCUGGGACCAGAUAUCCUGAUGAGGACCAAUGUCGUCCAGCAGCUUCCUGUCCCCAACCGGCUUCAUGAUUUUCUUAAAUUCAGGGACAUCCCAGAAGCUACAUACACACACGCGCCACCAUUACCUAUUUCACAGCGACUCUGGGAAUAUCCGAUGACCCUUGUGCCCUAUGGAUGA